AUGGCCACCGUGGUGGUGGUAGAAAUGGAUUCAGAAGCCUCCUGUAGCAUCCCCAACCCCACCUCCCUCUCGCCCAGUCUUUCGCACCGCUUCCUGGACAGAAAAUUUUACCUGCUGGUGGUUAUUGGCGAGCUGGUGACCGAAGAGCAUCUGCGGCGGGCUAUCGCCAACAUCGAGCGAGGAAUCCGAUCAUGGGAUACAAGCUUGAUUGAAUGCAACUUGGAUCAAGAAUUAAGACUUUUUGUAUCCCGCCAUUCAGCUCGAUUCUCUCCUGAAAUUCGAGGUCAGAAGAUUCUUCACCACAGAAGUGAUGUCUUAGAAACUGUAGUCCUAAUCAAUCCCUCAGAUGAAGCAGUUAGCACUGAGGUGUACUUAAUGAUCACAGAUGCUGCAAGACACAAGCUCCUUGUACUAACUGGACAGUGCUUUGAAAACACAGGAGAACUCAUUCUUCAGUCAGGGACCUUCUCCUUCAAUAAUUUUAUUGAGAUCUUCACAGAUCAAGAGAUUGGUGAAUUAUUGAGCACCACACACCCUGCCAACAAAGCCAGCUUAACUCUUUUCUGCCCUGAGGAAGGAGAAUGGAAAAAUUCUAACCUUGACAGACACAAUCUUCAAGACUUUAUUAACAUUAAGCUCAACUCAGCUUCCAUAUUGCCCAAAAUGGAAGGACUCUCUGAAUUCACUGAGUAUCUGUCAGAAUCAGUAGAAGUGCCAUCACCCUUUGACAUUUUGGAACCUCCAACUUCAGGAGGCUUCUUGAAACUCUCCAAACCCUGCUGUUAUAUUUUCCCAGGUGGAAGAGGUGACUCUGCCUUGUUUGCAGUGAACGGAUUCAACAUGCUUAUCAAUGGAGGAUCUGAAAGAAAAUCUUGCUUUUGGAAACUUAUCCGGCACUUGGACAGGUUAGAUUCCAUUCUACUCACUCACAUUGGAGAUGAUAACCUGCCAGGAAUCAAUAGCAUGCUUCAGCGAAAGAUAGCUGAAUUAGAAGAGGAACAGUCCCAAGGGUCUACUACCAACAGUGAUUGGAUGAAAAAUCUGAUCUCACCUGAUUUAGGUGUUGUAUUCUUUAAUGUACCUGACAACCUGAAGAACCUGGAUCCUAACUUUAGAGUAAAUAGGAGUGUAGAAGAAGCUUGGUUUACUCUCCAGUAUUUAAAUAAAUUGUCUAUGAAACCAGAACCUCUUUUCAGAAACAGAGGAAAUACCACUGACCCUGUAAUUUUAUUUCAGAAAAUGGGAGUUGGCAAACUUGAGAUGUAUGUGCUUAAUCCUAUCAAAAACAGCAAAGAGAUGCAAUAUUUUAUGCAGCAGUGGAGUGGUACUAGCAAAGAUAAAGCUGAAUUCCUGCUACCAAAUGGCCAAGAACUAGACAUUCCAUUAUCCUGUUUCACCUCUGUCUCAUCCCUCAUUGUGUGGCAUCCAGCUAAUCCCAUAGAAAAAAUAAUUCGAGUUCUGUUUCCUGGAAACAGCACACAAUAUAAUAUUCUAGAAGGGCUAGAAAAGCUCAAACACUUAGACUUUCUUAAACAACCAGUGGUUACACAAAAAGACCUAACUGGAAACAUUGCUAGUCCAGCUGUGAAACAAGCAAAGUUGAAACAGCGAACAGACAGCAAGGAGAGUCUGAAGUCUGCUGAGAAGACACCAAGCAAGCCUGUCAGAAAGGAAUCUAAAGAAGAAACACUGGAGCCUGCAAAACCUAGUCCAGCACCGGAAAAGCUUCAGAAAUUGGAAAGCAAAGAAAAAGUUUCAGUUGAAAAAGAGAAACCAGCAAAAGGGGAGACCAAACCCAUAGUGGCAGAAAAAGAUGUUAAAAGUAAAGAAGAGCAAAAAUCUGAAACUCCUGAAAAACAAGCUACAGAUAUAAAAGCAAAAGUGGCAAAGAACAAGCCAGUGAAAAAGGAAGUCAAAGCAAAACCUGAAGAAAAGAAAAAAGAAAAACCAAAGGAAAAGGUUUCUAAAAAGGAGGAGAAAACAUCCAUCAAAAAAGAAGAAAAACACAUAAAAGAAGAGAUCAAGCAAGAAGUUAAAAAAGAGGUGAAAAAGGAAGAGAAGGAAACUAAGAAGGAAGUCAAGAAAGAAGCUCCACCAAAGGAAGUUAAAAAAGAAGGUAAAAAAGAAGAGAAGGAAAUUAAGAAGGAAAAAAAAGGAAUCAGAAAAGACCUCAAGAAGGUUCCUAAAGAAACAAAGACAUCUGCUGCUUCAACUGAAGUAAAAAAGCCAGCAGCAAAGACUAAACCACAAAAGAAGGAGGAACCUACUAAAAAAGAAGCCAUAUCUGCUGAAAAGCCAAAGGAAAAAGUCAAAAUUAAGACUGUCAAGAAAGAGAUUAAAGUCAGUGGAGUUCAAACUGCCCUUGCAACAGUUGGAGCCACUACCACAACUGUAGCAGCUGCAGAAAUUGCAGCUAGUGGAAAAGAACUUCAAGUUGAGAGAUCCCUUAUGUCUUCACCAGAGGAUUUAACAAAGGAUUUUGAGGAAUUAAAAGCUGAAGAAGAUGAAACAAUAAAAGAAACGAAACUUCAAGUUGCACUUAUAGAGGAUGAACUAAGACUCACUGGCAUAGAACAAAAAGAGACCUUUGAAGUCCAAAAAGAAAAAUUAGAUCAUGAAGGACCUGCUGAGUCCUCUGAUGAAGGCAUAACUACCACAGAGGCAGAGGGUGAGUGUGAACAAACACCCGAGGAAUUGGAACCAGUAGAAAAGCACAGGGUUGAUGACCAUGCAAAGUUUGAAGAUGAGGGAACUGUCUUGGAAGAAUCAUAUGAAGGAGGAAAUUAUGAGGAAAAGGCAGAGACAGAGGAAGCUGAAGAGCGAGGUGAAGAUGAGGAGGUAAAGACACAACUGGUCACUACAAAGCCAUAUAUGAAGAAAGCAAGAAAAAUGCAAGAGAGUUCAGAAGAAAUAAUGGCUGAUAUUAAAGCUGAAAAAUAUGUUGAAAAGGCAGAUGAUGAGGCAUCAGAUGAACAGGCUGAGGAAGAUGGGGAAGAAGCAGUGGAAAAGGCAGAAACUGAAGAGACUGAAGAAGACAAGGAAGACAAAGCAAAAGACAUUAAAGAUGAAGAGGAGACUAGAAAAAUAGAAGCUGAAGAAGAUUGUAUGAUGGCUGUAGUAGACAAAGCUGCAGAAGCUGGUGAAGUUGAAGAUAAAUAUGGCUUACUUAUACCAACAAAACACUCAGAGCCUCAGUCUCCAGCAGUUGAACUGGCUUCUUCUGUCCAUGAAGAAACAUUACCUGGUGGCUCAGAAAAUGAAGCUGCUGUUUCUGAUGAAGAAGACAGAGAAAAUCCACCUGAGGAAUUCACUGCUACUUCAGGUUAUACACAGUCUACCAUCAAAAUAGCCAGUGAACCAACUCCAAUGGAUGAAAUGUCUAUGCCCCAGGAUGUCAUGAGUGAUGAAACUAUCAACGAGGAAAGUGAGUCACCUUCUCAAGAGUAUAGGUACAUUACCAAGUAUGAGACUUCAUUGUACUCUCAAGAAUUUGCUAGACCUAAACUUUCUCCACUUCCAGAUGCUUUUAAUGGAUUAUCAGAGGGAUCCAAAACAGAGGCCACAGAAGGUAAAGAUUAUAAUGCCUCAGCUUCUACCAUCUCACCACCUUCAUUAGAGGAAGACAAAUUCUGUAAAUCUGCAUUUCAAGAUGUAUAUUGUGAAAAAGGAAAUGAAAUACAAGGCACUGACAAAUUAGAAAUCAAAGAACCCUAUCCAGAAGAUGGUGGAAAACACAGUCCAGCCAAGAGCCCAGCUAUGAGUUUAUCCCCUUUAUCACCUGUUGCCAAAACACUACUGAGUGAACACAGUGUGAACUUUUCACUUGCUCCCAAUGAGAUCAAAGUCUUGGCUGAGCCUGUCCCCAUGGCUACAUUGUCUGAUGUACAUCAAGAAGUUGCCAAAGAGCACUGUGCAAGCCCUGAAGAUAAAACAUUAGGAGUAGCAUCUCCCUCACAGUCUGCUGCUGGUAGCGCUGGCCACACGCCUUAUUAUCAAUCUCCCACUGAUGAAAAAUCCAGUCAGCUUCCCUCUGAAACCAGUGAAAAGUCAACAGAAGUUCCUGUUAUCUUUGAACUCAGUGAAGACAAAGAUGAGUCUGCCAAACCCAGAAUUAGCCCUAUGGAUAAGCCUGUGCCAGAUUCAGAAUCUCCUAUUGAAAAGGUUCUCUCGUGUCUACGGAGUCCACCACUGAUAGGUUCCGAGGCCACUUAUGAUGCAUUUUUGAGUGUUUAUGUAAAGUCUCCCACCAAAGAUUAUGGAAAUCCUUCUGAGGGGAAACCUGAAAAAAAAAAAUCACCUGUUCAGAUGAACCCAGCUUCUGAAGCCAGCUCUGUGAGCCUUUUCCAAGAAAAACAAGGUGAAAAAAAUAUGGAGUUUAUGGUAAUUAAGGAAAGUUUCAGCCUAGAAAGGAAAUUGGAUGAUACAAUACCCAGCAGCUCUCAGUAUUCACUGGUCUUGGAUCAGCGGAAGUUAGCAGGUGAUCUCUCACCAACUCAAAUAGAUAUCGGUCAGUUUGGUUCCUUAAAGGAAGACACCAAAAUGUCAAUUUCAGAAGGCACUGUUUCUGACACAUCUGCAACUCCAGUUGAUGAAGUUGUAGCAGAAGAUACCUAUUCUCAUAUAGGAGGAGUAGCUUCUGUCUCUACAGCAUCUGUUGCUACUAGUUCAUUUCCAGAACCAACUACUGAUGAUGUAUCUCCUUCUUUGCAUGCUGAGGUUGGAUCCCCCCACUCCACUGAAGUUGAUGAUUCCCUUUCAGUGUCAGUUGUACAAACACCAACACUGUUUCAGGAAACAGACAUGUCUCCAUCUAAAGAAGAAUGCCCAAGACCCAUGUCAAUUUCUCCACCAGAUUUCUCACCUAAAACUACAAAAUCAAGAAGCCCAGUGCACAGUCACAGAUCUCCUGAGCAGUCAACUAUGUCAGUAGAAUUUGGUCAUGAGUCCUCUGAGCAGUCUUUAACAAUGGACUUUAGUAGGCAAUCUCCAGACUAUCCUACUGUAGGCACUAGUAUAUGCCAUAUGUCUGAAAAUGGACUGACAGAAGUAGAUUAUAGCCCUUCAGAUAUACAGGAGCCUAUUUUUGCAUGGAAGACUUCUCCUGUGGAGCAAUCAUCUUACUCUCAGGAGAAGGAUAUUUCAGAAAUUAUUUCAGUUUCUCAAAUUGAAGCUUCAUCCUCAACUUCAUCAGCUCAUACACAUUCCCAGUUAACUUCACCACUGCCAGAAGAAACCUUUUCAGGUGUUGUUCCACCCAGACAUAUGUCACUACAUUCUUCUUUCACUUCACAAAAGAUGCAGAGCCUAGGAGAAAAGCUUUCACCAAAGUCUGACCUGUCUCCAUUAACUCCAAGGGAAUCUUCUCGGUACUCUCCUAGUUUUCCAGAUUCACCUCCUGCAAUCACAGAAGCUGUGUCAGCUACUCACACAUCUUCAUUAUCUUUGCAAGUGUCCUCUGUCAAAGCAUUUAGUUACCAAGAACCCCUAACGAAACACAGUCCAGAACCUUUAAUCAGCCCAGAAAAAAAAGAUUUAGAGAAAAGCAGCAGGUCACCAGAAGAACCUAGUUAUUCUUACAAGGUCUCAGAGAAAACUGUUGGGUUACCAGAGGAUAUUAGCUACUCCUAUGAGGCACUUUCAACAUCUAGAUCACCUCAGUUCACAGAUUAUUCCUAUGAGAUGACAGAGAAAAUCGUGUGGUCACCAGGAGUCACAGAUUAUUCCUAUGAGAUAAUUGGGAAAGCUACCAGAUCACCUGAUGCUAUGGAUUACUCCUAUGAGACAACAGGGAAAGCCUCCAACUCACCUGAAGCCACAGAUUUCUCAUUUGAGACAACUGGGAAAACCACCAGGUCAUCCAAAGCUACUAGCUAUUCCUAUGAAGCAAGUGCACAUUUUACUCCAGAAAAAUCUUUAGCAGAAUCCUGUCAAGAUGUUGACUUAUGCCUUGUGUCCUCCUGUGAAUAUAAACAUCCUAAAACUGAACUUUCACCGUCGUUUAUCAACCCAAAUCCCCUUGAGUGGUUUGCAAGUGAGGAACAGUCUCAAUAUAAAAAGAAACCAUUAACUCAAUCUAUGAGAGCUCAGCCACCUUCUGGGGGAAAGCAGCAAGGGUGGCAGUGUGAUGAAACCCCUCUCACAUCCAUGAGUGAGUCUGCCCCAUAUCAGACUGACUCAGAUGUUCCCCCUGAGACUGAGGAAUGCCCUUCCAUCACUGCAGAUGCUAACAUUGAUUCUGAAGAUGAGUCAGAAACCAUUCUGACAGACAAGACAAUUACAUACAAACAAAUUGACCCACCACCUGCCCCAAUGCAGGAUCACAGUCCUUCCCCUAGGCACCCUGACAUCUCCAUGGUUGAUCCAGAGAUUUUGCCCACUGAUCAGAAUUUGGGUAAACCUUUGAAUAAGGACCUCAAAGAAAAGACAAAGACAAAAAAGCAGGGUACUAAGACCAAGUUGUCUUCUGCUUUUAAAAGAAGUGGUGGUAAAUCAAAACAAGUGGCUUUGCCAAAACCAGCUGUAAAGGAAUCUUUGGACAAAAAUUCCAGAGUAGUUUUUCAAAAAAAGGAGUCUGUGGAGAAAGCAUUCAAAAAUAUCUCUAACCCAGAAGUAAAGUCUCAAGUGGAAGAGAAAGAUAAGGACACCAAGAAUGCAGUAACUACAACAACAUACAAGUCAGCAAUGACUGCAACCACAGGAGCUGGGAAUAGUAAGUCAUCAAAAUCUACAGCAGUGCCUCCAGGACCUCCAAUGUAUUUGGAUCUGGUGUACAUUCCCAACCAUAGCAAUAGAAAGAAUGUUGAUGUUGAGUUUUUCAAGAGGGUGCGGUCCUCCUACUAUGUGGUGAGCGGGAAUGAUUCUGCAGCUGAGGAGCCAAGCAGGGCUGUUCUGGACUCCCUGCUGGAGGGCAAGGCCCAGUGGGACAGUAAUAUGCAGGUGACCUUAAUCCCAACCCAUGACUCGGAAGUGAUGAGAGAAUGGUACCAAGACACCCAUGAGAAACAGCAGGACCUCAACAUUAUGGUUUUGGAAAGCAGCAGCACUGUUGUUAUGCAAGAUGAAUCUUUUCCCGCAUGCAAGAUUGAACUGUAAGAACCAAAC